CAUAAUAUCCAUCUUUUACGACUAGGACCAGUAAGGCAUCUAAUCCCUAUUCGCUCACACGAAUACACACACAAAAACAAUGUGUAGGAAGAGAAAAGCUGAAGGAGUAGCAAAGACUCAUGAUGAUCAACGACCCCGAAAGAGAUUUGUUGGAGUUAGACAAAGGCCAUCAGGCAGAUGGGUUGCUGAAAUAAAAGACACCAUACAGAAAAUAAGAGUAUGGCUUGGGACUUUUGACACUGCUGAAGAAGCAGCAAGAGCUUAUGAUGAAGCUGCUUGCUUGCUUCGCGGAGCCAAUACUCGCACGAAUUUCUGGCCUUCUUCUUCUCCUUCCACUUCAGCUCUGCCUCCGAAAAUCACUAAACUUCUUCUUAGCAGGCUCAGAGAACGAAAUAAUUCCACUGCUGCAGGUGCUAAUGAUGAUGAUGAUUCAUCCAAUUCUAACUCUCUGGCUGAAAUUGGUCAUCAGCAGCAGAAGCCGGAAGAAGAAUUUGGAGACAGAGUAGCUGAUUUUUCAGAUUCGCCGUAUACUGAUUAUCUCAAUUACCCUGAAGAUCAUAUAACUGAUAACAACGCGAUCGCUAAUGUAAGUGCAACUACAAGAGCAUUAACAAGCAUCGCGCAAAGUGGCUAUAAUCAGGAAUUUAAUAUUCAGCCUGUGAAUAACUAUGAGAGCUCGAGCACGGAGAUUAUUGAGAUAGGAGAGGCAAUUACUACUGAUGUAGAAGAUAUAGAAUCCAAUAUUGACUUCCAAUUUCUUAACGAAAUUGGAUCUUGUUACUAUUCGCCAUUUGAUUUAGCUGAAGAGCUAUCAAUGGUGGAGACAAUGGAACAGGGGAUGGAUUUUGGGGAAGAAACAUCAAUGGUAAGUGAGGCAAUGAGGAGGAUGAAUUACGAGAGGAAGUUUUCAGCUUCUCUCUAUGCUUUCAAUGGGAUCACUGAAUGUUUGAAGUUGAAGAUGAAAUCUGGAAGCGUAACACAGUCUGAGCAAUUAUCCAGGCUACAAAAUGCGUGCAAAAGGAACCUCGAGAAGGAGAAGGAAAAUGAAGAAUGCAAUGGAAUGACUGAUCAGAAGAAGGAUGAAGGGAAUUCAUCGGAAGUACCAUUUCCAUCGAUGGAGAGUGCUUAUGACAGUGAAUUCUCCCUAUGGAGCUCUAUUGAUCUCCCACCAAUAUGCUUUGUUCGUUGAGAAUAUUGGCAGAAUCAUUUGUUUUCAACUGUAGAAUGUGCAAGUUGAAAUUUGUGUUAAUUAGUAUGUUUUCCAAAAGGAAAAAGGAAAUGUUGGACUUCCUUCAUAUUUGAGACAAUUCAUUGUCCAAAUGAUCGUCGGGGGGGAGUAAAUUCAAUCCUAACAGUACAGGGGUCAAAGAGAGACCACGCGUUCUUCUUGCAAAAUGGUAUCUUUAAGAGUUCUAUCUGUAA